CUGAUUUUUCUCAUUGUGGCGAUCGAUAUCAACCACCCAACCUCUGAGAAGUUUCGUUCUUUAACGUCUCUCUGAAACUUCAGCUUCUGGGUUCUGUUUUUUCUUCUGGGUUUUGGUAUCUUUUGUUGUGUGUCGUUCUCGUGUAGAUAAGGAGAGGGUGCUGGGGACCUCGUACAGAAGUAGAGAAAGUUUAGCAUUGGGAAUGAAACACUCAUGUUGUGAUUGCAGAAAGAGGAAUCGUCAUGUCCAAUAUACCUAAUUCUCUGUCUGAGGUUUGCCUUACUCUGUUUAGGUUAGCCAUGUGCUUGGCGGAUCCUUGGCCUUUUUCGUGAAAAAAUAGGAAAAAAAAGGAGUUUUCGACGUGUUAAUUUCGGGGUUUUUAAGAAAGGUGUUCUGUUUCGGUUCCUACGAGGUUAGGUUUUCUCGUAGAUUAUUUUGUAUUGUUAGAUUAUUUGUAUUUGGAGUCUGUUGUUUCUGGGUUUCCUGCGAGUAUGCGGAGAUUGCGGGGUUUUUCGGUGAAGCACCGAGUGACGACGAUUUUCCGGUGUAUGUUCCGGCGCCACCGGUGUUCCGGGUACUACGAGCGCCUGGACGCGCCGCCGCGGUUUCAGGGGAGGAUAAUUCACUCGGUCGUGAGGUGGACGCGCCGGUUGGGGAAUAAGGCCAAGGCGAUUUGCUCUAAGGCGCAGGUUUCCGGUUACUCGCCGGCGGGGAAAGAGGCGGUGGGUGAGAGGACGGCGGCGGUGCCGAAAGGGCAUCUGGCGGUGUACGUGGGCGGCGAGAAAGGCGAAGACUUUACGCGGGUUUUGGUGCCGGUGAUUUACUUCAACCACCCUUUGUUCGGCGAGCUUCUCCGGGAAGCGGAGGCGGAAUUCGGGUUCAACCACCCCGGCGGGAUCACCCUCCCUUGCCGGAUCUCGGAGUUUGAGCGCGUUCAGACCCGGAUCAUCAGGGAGAGUAGUUGCGGCUCCGGCAGAAUGGUUUCCCGGCGGCGGUGAAGCGUUUGAUGAUGAUGAUGACGACAAAACCUUAAUUAAUUUAUGACAUUCCAUUUUUUGUUUCUUCAAAGUCCUCAGGAUCUUG